AUGGCGGCCAAGCGGGGCACCGACGAGAUGCGGGACCGCGUGGUGCUGGGCGAGUUCGGCGUCCGCAACGUCCACACCACCGACUUCCCUGGCAACUACCCCGGCUACGAGGACGCCUGGGACCAGCGGCGCUUCGAGGAGGCGUUCCGCGUGGACGUAAUCCGCGAGGAGGAGGGCGCGCUGGAGUUCGACAUGGUGGGCAUCGACGCCGCCAUCGCCAACGCCUUCCGCCGCAUCCUGCUGGCCGAGGUGCCGACGAUGGCUGUAGAGAAAGUCUUUGUGUACAACAACACAUCCAUUGUGCAGGAUGAAAUCCUGGCUCAUCGCUUGGGCCUCAUCCCUAUCCGAGCUGACCCUAGACUCUUUGAAUAUAGAAACCAAGGAGAUGAAGAAGGCACAGAAAUUGAUACUUUGCAGUUUCAGCUGAAAAUAAAAUGCAGCCGAAACCCCCAGGCAGCCAAGGAAUCAUCUGAUCCUAAUGAACUAUAUUUCAAUCACAAAGUGUACAGUAAACAUAUGACGUGGGUGCCCCUGGGGAAUCAGACAGACCUUUUUCCAGAUGCUGACUUCCGACCUGUUCACGACGACAUCCUCAUUGCACUGUUGCGACCUGGCCAGGAAAUAGAUGUACUUAUGCACUGUGUCAAGGGUAUAGGUAAAGAUCAUGCCAAGUUUUCUCCUGUGGCCACGGCUAGUUAUCGACUGCUUCCUGACAUUACUCUCCUGCAGCCUAUUGAGGAUGAAGCAGCUGAGAUGUUGCAGAAGUGCUUUUCCCCUGGAGUCAUUGAGAUCCAGAAUAUCAAAGGAAAAAAGGUGGCAAGAGUAGCCAAUGCACGGUUGGACACAUUCAGCAGAGAAGUUUUCCGUCAUGAGGGUCUGAAAAACCUUGUGCGCCUGGCAAGAGUGCGAAACCAUUAUAUCUUUUCAGUGGAGUCGACAGGUAUCUUGCCUCCAGAUGUGCUGGUGAGUGAAGCCAUCAAGAUACUGAUGGGAAAAUGUCAGCGCUUCCUGAAUGAGCUGGACUCUGUGCCUAUGGAAUGACAAGGCUAUAGCUGGGAAGCACAUCCCUGCACUGCUGUUCUGGGCUUCCUGCACCUGCGUGCAGGGGUGAUUCCUCUUCUGUAGGCAAGAAGUUUGAGAUGGGCUUGUUAAGAGCCCUAGGACCAUCCCUUUGAAUUUGUUUUCUGUUGGUAAUGAGCCUCAGUGAGGAGAUGCACUAAAAUAAAGGCUUUUCUUUACA